GGUGCGCUGGAGCUGCUGGUCUUCUUUGCCGUGGUGAACGUCUCGGUGGGGCUCCUGGGGGCCCUCGCCUACUUCCUCACCUACGUGGCCUCCUUCCACCUUGCCUACCUGUUUGCCAUCCGCAUCCACGGCGGGCUGGGCUUCCUCGGCGGAGUCUUGGUGGCCCUCAAGCAGACGAUGGGGGACAGCACCGUGCUGAAGGUGCCCCAGGUCAGAAUGAAGGCCGUCCCCAUGCUCCUGCUCCUUCUCCUGGCUCUGCUACGGCUCCCACUGGCCUCGUAUGGCUUCGGGCUCCUCUCCAGCUGGAUCUAUCUCCGUUUCUACCAGCGGCACAGUAGAGGCCGUGGAGACAUGUCCGAUCAUUUUGCCUUCGCCACUUUCUUCCCCGAGAUCCUGCAGCCCGUGGUGGGUCUGGUAGCCAACCUGGUGCACGGCGUCCUGGUGAAGGUGAAGGUCUGCCGCAAGACGGUCAAACGCUACGACGUGGGCGCCCCGUCGUCCAUCACCAUCAGCCUGCCGGGGACGGACCCCCAGGACGCCGAGAGGAGAAGGUACCGCUCGCCCCGCUUCCACGGGGAUCGUGUUUACGGGCAGCGAGG